AUGUUCAUCGCCGCAGCGUACUGCCUCUUUCUGUUUCUAGAAUUUAGUUCUACUCAAGAAGUUCGUUACGAGCCCAUCAGGAGCAAAGGAAGGUCGGAGGAUACUGAGCUCUGGAGUAAGGGAACGGACGAGUAUGUCCGUGGUUACGGUCUGAGUUUCGAGUGGCUAAACGUGACGACGCAAGAUGAUGUGGAGCUCUGGAUUCAUCACCUUUGGAAUCCCAGGAUUGAGGGGACGAAGGUCCCUAUGCUGAUGGUUCAUGCUCUCGCGGUCAACGGAGAUGUUUUCCUCCUUAAUCUGCCGGAGCAUGAUCUGGCAAUGACGUUGGCCAACAAUGGCUACGAUGUUUACAUGGUAAACUUCCGAGGUUCGUCAUACAGUCCUCUGUCCGUCGAGCAAUACGUGAAUACCUCUUUGGACGACUGUAUCUUCAAAGAUCUCCCGACGACAGUCGAUUUCGUUCUGGAAAAAACGAAUCGGAGCGAUCUCAAUAUCGUUGCCUAUUCGAAGGGCACGUAUGUCACUCUCGGACUUCUCGCCAACUCGCCGGAGUACAACAGGAAAGUGCGACUCCUCGUGCUCAUGACUCCUGUCACUGCGAUAAGUCGACCGCCUCUUCUCCUCUUUUCCGUGUUCUACUUUCUGGAAAUCGGAAUCAAGACAUUCGGCACGGCCCUGGCGAACCUCCUCGACACGAAUCUGCUUCUCGAUGUUCAGCACUUAUUCGGUGUGCCCUUUGUGAUCGACCGCCUCGCCCAUAUUGCACCUCUGGGAGCGCAGUGCGUAUGGAAUUCCGCGUUCUCAGGAUACCCAGAUUGCAUCAGUCGCACAAACUUGAACAUCGAUCUCCUCGAGAAAAUGUUCAUCCGAGGCUUCCCUGACAAAGCAUAUGCGCGUGAAGUGAUUCAGUUCAGCCAGAAUUCUAAAAGCGAGAGAUUUCAAUCGUAUUCACCGUCUUGGUUCGAUGGAGAUGCGGGACUCAUCUUUCCCGCUUUGAAGUCCCUCCUCGCUCCGUGGAGCGACGACGGAUCACUGGAAAACGUCAAGGAGUACAGCCUGAGCGCCAUCAGCGCUCCAGUUGCCAUCCUUCAGGCGAACCGAGAAUUAUUCAGCCAACCCAAGGAUUACACGAGGAUUCGGAACAGUCUCUGUCCGAACAUAAUUGGAGGGAAGCUUUCCCCUCACAAAUAUGUUUUCGAAGUCAACGUCUCGAAUUACCUCCAUGUAGACUUCGGAGUCGGAGCCCACAACGAUGAUGUCUACGUGAACGCCUAUUACAUGAUUAUUCGCGAGCACGAUCUCUCACUCGACAGCUCCUUAGCGACCGUUCUCGGUUACGUGGACGCCGAUUUCAGUCAUCUCUCACCUCAGUCUUGCGACAUCUGCAGCGAGUGUGACCGAUGA